UCAGGCUACAGACAAUAUUCCAUAUUUGAAGAAGUUCAAGGACUUAUUGCAACAGAUAUUUAAAUUCUACCAAAACUCAGCAGUUAGAAUGUCUGGACUUAAAGAAAUUGAGACAAUACUAGGUGGACCACAAUUGAAGAUGAAAGAAGUCCUUGACACAAGAUGGUUGUCACAUGACAGAGCAGUGACUGCUAUUAGAGAAUGCCUCCCUGCACUAAUUGCUAGUUUAGAGAGAGAAGCCAGUGAAAGAUCAGAUGCAACAGCUGCUGGUCUUGCAAUGUUUGUAAAGACAACCAAAUUUGUUGCCUCAAUCCAUAUGAUGUCAGACAUUCUCCCACACCUUGCAAGACUGUCAAAAACAUUCCAAAAAACAGAUGUUGACUUCACAUUAAUUGACACUCUUGUGUCAGCAACACAGAUCACCAUCACAAGACUGAUUGAGCAACCUGGAACCUACAUGCAGUUAUUGCCAACCUGCCUGGACAACCUGUCAGAGUAUGGUGUUAGACUGAGGCAGUCAGACAUUGACAACUUUAAAAGGGAUAUAUACCAGCCCUACCUAGAGAAUGUGGUACAGAACCUACAUGACAGAUUUCCAGACAACCCAGUACUGGAUGCACUAUCUGUCAUGGAUCCAGACCUCUUAAAUGCAGAGGACCCUACAUUGAAUGAAUGGAUUCAACAAAUAAAACUGAAGAAUCUAGCCAAACAUUUCAAGUCAGUUGGAAGUGAAAUAGAAGUUCUAGAAGAAUGGGAAACACUGAGGACACUGUUAGUGAAAGAGUGUAAAGACAUGACAUUUAGGAAGACAAUGAACAAAGUUGCCAGUCUUGGAACUUUGUAUCCUUGUCUGUCUAAGUAUGCGGCAAUUGGUCUUGUUUUGCCUGUUUCAACAGCUGAUUGUGAAAGAUGUUUUUCAUGUUUGAACAGAGUGAAAACACCUUUGAGAAACAGACUAUGCCAAAAAGUGCUGAAUUGUUUAAUGCACAUAUCAAUUGAAGGACCAAAGGAGGAAGCUUUUGAUUUUGAAAAAUGUGUGGUGACCUUUGGAAAGUUGAAACAGAGGAAAAUAUCAACAAAAUAAUAUGUACAUGACAUUUAUUUGUAAAUAACUAUUGCAGACUGGAUUAUAUUUAUUAUUGUUUAUAAGGUCUUUCAUUUAUUCCUCUGAGUCUCAUCUGUGAUAAAUACUUUAGAGUUUCAUGACUUGUAUGAAUUGCUGUAGCUAUAAUAAAACAAUUAGAUUGGUA